GCGUUGCUUUGCUCUGAUAUGAUUUGUGUCGAAGCAAAAAUGAGUAAAAAGUAGUUGCGAAUAGAAUUCUUGAACUGGGUUCAUUGUUGAUAUGACGCGCAGUGUUCACUCAGAAGCUCCAGUCGCAGUUAUAUUUUUAACCACCAAAUCAAGAAAGGCCCUUAACGGCGCUUAGUUGGCCAUUUCCGGUGGCGUUUGCGAAUUCACGAGCCCGCUCAUUACAGGAAUGUUCUUGCGAGUGCAGAAUGACAGACAUCUGGCGUCAUUAGCGGUAGUCCUAAUUUCCAUCGUCGGGAAAGUACUGGUCAGCAUCGAGGGCUUCUUUGGCUGUUGGGAUGGCGGAAGAAAGCAUGACCUCGUGGUUCUGGGACACCGAAGUCUGGCUUCCUCCGGGCUACACGUGGGAAUCUCUUAACCAAGCGAAGGACUUCGAAUACCCGCGCUUCCUGGACAUAUGGACUUACCCUUUCGCUAUAGCGGCUGCCUUCAUCAUCCUGCGCUACUUCAUCCUCACUCCAUACGUGUUUAUACCCUUUGCCCUGCGCACUGGUAUCACCAGCAUCUGUGCGCGGCCACCUUUGCCAAAUGCCACCUUGGAAAAGAUUUUUGGGAAAUAUCGAACUCGUGCACCUGUUGAAAUUAUUCUAGAAGGGGCCAAGAAAGAAGGUCUAACUGAACGACAGGUGGAACGCUGGCUUCGGCAGAAAGCUGCGUCCACUCGCACGACUGAUGUGGGGAAAUUCCUUGACUGCAUAUGGCAAGUAGUUUACUAUUCUCUCUAUACAAUAUUUGGUGUCGUUGUUUUAUGGGAUAAACCAUGGCUCUGGGACAUUCGUCAUUGCUGGUACAGAUUCCCGGAGCAGAGCGUCGAGGUUGACGUGUGGUGGUAUUACAUGGUGGCGCUGGGAUUCUACUGGUGCAUGACAUUAACCCAUUUCAUCCAGCAUCAUCGCAAAGAUUCGGCCCAGAUGUUUCUCCAUCAUGUCCUGACUAUUAUGCUGAUUACCUUCUCGUGGACGUGCAACUUCAUCCGCGCGGGUACCCUGGUGCUGCUGGUCCAUGAGUGCACUGACAUUCCCAUGCUCAUUGCUAAGAUUUUCUCUUUGUACAAACGUCAAGAUCUCAUGGAUAAGUUCUUUGGUGUGUUCCUAUUGUUGUGGUUGGCCACACGUACAGGUUUAUACCCUUUUUGGAUCAUGAGAAGCACAUUGUUUGAAGCUCAUUUAAUUUUGAAUUGGAUGUAUCCUGUUUAUUAUAUUUUCAAUGGUAUGCUCAUAGCAUUGUUAGUGAUCCAUUGCAUUUGGACAUACUUUAUUUUAAGGAUUGUGAUAAGGAAGCUUAGAAACCAGGAAGUUCAAGACAUAAGAUCGUCAUCUGAUUAUUCAGCAGAGGACGAUGACAGUGUUGAGCUCAAAAAGGAAUCCUAAGUGGUCCUAAACCAUUCAAUACUCUGUCAAGACUGAAUGAUAAUCAGGGAUCUUUUGCUUUCUCUUUUUGCAGUCAUAUUGUUUGUGGAUUCAAUUUACAACUCAAACUAGGAAUUCCAAUGCUCACAUUCCAGUGUGCUUAUAGCUGCUUUUAUUUUUGUCAGUGAUACAGAUUGCACAGUGCUGCAGCUGUGAUUUUGCAUUGAAUGUUUAAUGUAAGCAAUAGGAGGCUGUGAAAUCCUUUAUGAUAAUCAUGAAGACAAGUCCUAUUUGAAAACAAUCCUUUAUUCAUGUAUGAAACGUCUUUAUUUUGUAAUUUGUAGUAUUUGACCUGAGCUGUAAAUUGUUGGAAUGGAGUUCAGUUACUAUUAGUUUUUUUCAGUUGUUAUGAAUGUUAAAACGUUCCUUGGUGGCCAGUACUCAAUUUGCAAUCAAUUUGCAACAAAGUGAUUAAGUGAUAGUGAUUGUAACCUGAGUCAAAGAUGAUUUUUGCUUGUACACUCUUGGGGAUCAAAGUUAAUUCAGUUUUAUAUGCUUGGUGUAGUAAAUGCUAAUUGUAGUAGUCCACUGAGUUUAGUAGUGUAAUUAUAUUGACCCUGAUUUGCACAUAGAGAGUUUGUAAGCUCAUGGAAAUUGACCAAGAUCAUAUUCAUUUAAAGAAACGGUCUUGACAAAUCAGGCCCUUUUGGCAAGUUAUGUUAAUGUACCAGGAAAAAUGUUUUUUCAAGUCAGUGCUUUUCUCAGGAAGGAAUGGGAGAUUCAACUCUAUCAUGUUAUUCCUAGUUAAUAAUGUUUGUAAUGUUAGCAAAUGUAUUGAAGGUGAUAUAUUGAUAAACACUGUACGAUGUUCAACACUUAUUGACAAGAGUUAUGUAAGAAAGCUGGUACACUAAAGAAAAUAAGUCUUUUGUUUCCAAUUGAUAAUCAUUUGCCAUUCUCUUUCGUCAUCAGUGAUAAUAAAUGUAAAAAUUUUUAUUCGGUAAGCUGUAGCGGAUACUUGUCCAAUUGAAAAAAUUUAGAAUUGUACUCUUGUUAAGGGUAAAGAGGGUAAAUUGCACAAUGUCCUUUUUAGUACUGUGUUUGGUAGGAUAAGUUCACUUUUUGAGGUGAGUGCUACAUUUGGCUAAGGUUUGGUCUGUCUGUACUUGUUGAGUGAUGGUAUUCUGAAACGUAAUGAUUUAUGUGAGUGAUCUUGAAGAUGCAAGUUUGGUGUUAAGGCAAACUGAGCUCUUGUGCUGUGAUGAUUUAUGGCUUGCCUCAGUUUAUGGUAGGUCACACAGUCUUUCUUUCCUUAUAUCUUUAUUUUUUGUAUGGGGUUGAUUAUCUGCUGUGGAGUGAGUAGUGUGCUGACAAUUAUCAUAUAUGCUGGCCUUAAGUUGUUGUUGUUAUAGAGUUAUAGUGGUGAAUACAGUAGUUUGGUUUGGAGUCUUAAGUGUAAAUUAUAUGUGUGAUAACUGCAGAAUUUUGUGUACAUAUCUACAAAAGAUAGGGAUUGUAGUAUACUCAGACCGCAAUUAUGACUCGAGAACUUGGAAGUUCCUUAGACUCUUUUUAUGGCUUACCAAAAAAAAUUUCUCUUUGCAUGACAAAGUUGGCUUACAGAAUGUUCAUAUUGGCCUUGUUAGCGAGUGA